GGAUUGGGUGAAGUGGCGAAGAGGAGAGAGAGAGAGCAAUUGCGAUGCAUCGAGAGACGUGUGUGUAGUGUUCUUUUGUUCGGUCGGUUUCAUUUUUUCUCGGUCCUGUCGUUCGUUUCUCUUCUCCGAAAACCAUAACUUCGAGCACAGAGCGAGUUCCGUUUCUCCAGUUCAGUUUCAUCGUCUCUCUCUCUCUCUCUCUCUCUAUCUUUCUUAAAAAACAUUUCUUUGUCCAUGCAAUUGCAAUUCUCUCCUACGCUUCCUCGUCGCUUGCUUCAUCCACAGUCCAUGGACUCUAUAUAAAAUCGAUUACUUUACUUUAUCUAUUCUGUAUAACUUCCCACUUUGUAUGUUACCCAAAAGCACUCUCCAGAUCCCAAUCCUCUCUCUCCCUCUCUCUCUCUCUGGUAACAGCGACCCAGAAAGGCUCUCUGCAAUCUUAUUAUGUCUCCGACGAUUUGGAGGUGGAGGAAGCUCAAAGGGUUGGUGGGUUCCAAAUGCUUGAACCGUCCCUCCUCGUCUUCGUCCUCUUCCUCCUCGCAGCAACACCACCGUUACAUGCAGGUCUCCGCCAUCUCCACCCACCUGAACUACCUCAACCUCGCCUCCCACCGCCGCCGCGAGUCCCUCAUCGGCGUCCAGGAGCGCUACAAGUGGGACCACGGCGGCUCCGACGACCUCCGCCACCGCAAGAUCCGGGCCGAGGCCAAUUGCCCUCGAUGCUCCAAGAGUAUGGAUCUCCUCUUCUCCAAUCGUCACUUCUCGCCUAAUCUCGAUCAGAAUUUCGCCCAGAACAAUAGCAACAACGGCGGCGACAUUGGGAAAGCCGCGUCCGGUGGUUAUCAGGCCGUCAAUUUGUGCCCCAAUUGUAAGACUGCUUACUACUUCCACCCCUACCGGAUUGCCCCUCUCCAGGGCAGCUUUGUCGAGAUUGGGAGGGUGGUGACCACGAACAAGACCAAUAAUGGCGUCGAAAAGAGGAACAAGAAUGGCGGUGCCCCGAAUACUGGUAAUAGCGCUGGUGCUAGCUCUGAUGAGGACAAUAGGAGUGGUGUUGGGUACAAUGAAUUUGUGAAUAGUAAGCUGCGGUUCUCCUUCUGGGAGACUCUCAGGUCCUACAGUGGGGAUCCGCCAGAGAAUUGGCCGCCUGCUCCUGGCCCACCUGCUGGGAAUGGGUUGGCCGUGCAUACUCCGCCUGGGCCACCGUUUGCGCCCGGGGUCAAUGUGAUCCGGGCUGCUGGCCCCGGUGGAGGUGGCUCUGGCGGUGGCAAAGGAAGUGCUGCUGGUGGAAAUGGUGGGGAGAAGAACGGAUGGGGCGGGGCGAAUUUGGGCAAGGAUUUGCCCACGCCAAAGGAAAUUUGCAAGGGCCUCGACAAGUUUGUUAUUGGCCAAGAAAGAGCUAAAAAGGUACUCUCUGUGGCUGUUUAUAACCACUACAAAAGAAUAUACCAUGCCUCCGAAAGAGGGUCAGGAGCAGAGUCAGGAGUUCCAGAAGCAUUAGAUGAUGAUGAAAACGUGGAGUUAGAGAAAAGCAAUGUCCUUCUGAUGGGCCCCACAGGCUCGGGGAAGACAUUAUUGGCAAAAACACUUGCUCGUUUUGUGAAUGUGCCUUUUGUCAUUGCUGAUGCAACAACUCUCACACAGGCCGGUUAUGUUGGAGAAGAUGUGGAGUCAAUACUGUAUAAGCUGCUAACGGUAGCCGAGUUCAAUGUACAAGCAGCUCAGCAAGGAAUGGUGUACAUCGAUGAAGUUGACAAGAUAACAAAGAAGGCUGAAAGUUUAAAUAUCAGCAGAGAUGUUUCUGGUGAGGGGGUUCAACAGGCUUUGCUUAAGAUGCUGGAAGGAACAAUAGUAAAUGUUCCUGAGAAGGGUGCGAGGAAGCAUCCCCGAGGUGAUAACAUACAGAUCGACACAAAAGAUAUCCUUUUCAUCUGUGGUGGUGCAUUUGUUGAUUUAGAAAAAACCAUUUCAGAAAGGCAGCAAGAUUCUUCCAUCGGUUUCGGAGCACCUGUUCGUGCUAACAUGAGAGCUGGUGGUGUAACGAAUGCUGCAGUGACAUCAUCUUUACUUGAAUCAGUGGAAAGUGCUGACCUCAUUGCAUAUGGCCUCAUCCCAGAGUUUAUUGGACGCUUUCCAAUCUUAGUCAGUUUAUCAGCUCUGACAGAAGAUCAACUUGUUCAGGUCCUCACAGAACCAAGAAAUGCUCUUGGCAAGCAGUACAAGAAAUUGUUCAGCAUGAAUAAUGUCAAGCUGCAUUUUACAGAAAAGGCACUGAGAUUGAUUGCUAAGAAAGCAAUGGUGAAAAAUACCGGCGCCAGAGGUCUAAGGGCCAUCCUUGAAAGCAUUUUGACAGAAGCAAUGUAUGAGAUCCCGGACAUUAAGAUGGGAAAUGAGAGAGUAGAUGCAGUUGUCAUAGAUGAGGAAUCUGUAGGUUCCAUUGAAGCCCCAGGAUGUGGCGGAAAGAUUCUUCGGGGAGACGGUGCAUUGGAGCGUUACCUUGCUGAAGCAAAAUUUCAAAACUCAGCGGCAAAUGCAGAUGCAGCCGAAGGCGAAAUGCAGGAUGGCGAAUCAGAUGUAUCAUCAAGGGCCGUGAGCUUGUGAGGUUAUUACCGCCGAUAAAUAAUGUGGCUGUAAAAUGCAUUGCUGUUUCGGGAAUUGAUAAUUGGGUGUAAUUAUGACACUGUAGACAACAUAUAGCUCAGUUCAAUUUCAAUAGGAAAUAGGAAUUUAGUGAAGAGAAGCAAAUCUUUGAGCGCCGUUAAUUGAGCAGCUCCUUGUAUAAAACUUUAAUCGCAAUUAAAGGGGGAUUAACUGGUGGAAGAA